AUGAGAUACUCCCACACUCUGUCCGGUCUUUUGACCGUGGCUAUGAGUGCCACUGGCCUCGCCCAGACGACUCCUAUUCCUACUACGGAUAUCACCACUACCACUGGCGGCAUGAACGUGCCCACCUCAGUUACCAGUGCCCUGCCCGACACCGUCACUGACACCACCACCUCGACUGGUACCAUGACCACCAUGGUCAAGCCAACCAAGACCGCCAGCCCUGAGGUCUGCUGCUACGAUUGUACCACCGUUUAUGACGAGUGCUGUGCCAUCCCCGGCGCUGACAUUGCCAUCUGCAAGAAGUCUUACACUGUUUGCCUGGGCUACAACCCAUGGGACAUUGUUCCCUACGUCAAGCCCACUGUCUGCAAGCACGAGCCUUACCCUCCCAAGCACGACGAUGGCAAGUGCGUUUGCGGCACUGGAAGCUGCUUCACCCCUGAUAUCUGCGCCUACGAAUGUACCACCGUCUACGACCAGUGCUGUGCCGUUCCUGGCGCUGACAUCGCUAUCUGCAAGGAGAAGUACACUGUCUGCCUCGGCUACAGCCCCUUCGACAUUGUCCCUUACGCCAAGCCCUCCGUCUGCAAGCAUGAGAAGCAGUACUACAUUGACUACGAAUCCAAGUAUGACGAGCACUACUUCUACGAGAAGUACAGCUCUUACUACGAGUCUGGUCACUACUCUUCCUCUUCUCACUCCACUUCGUCUUACCACGAGGGUUACUACACUGCCGAAUACUGCUGCCUUGAGUGCACUACCAUCUACGAUGAGUGCUGUGCUAUCCCCGGUGCCGAUAUCGCUAUCUGCAAGGAGAAGUACACUGUCUGCCUCGGCUACAGCCCCUUCGACAUUGUCCCUUACGUCAAGCCCUCUGUCUGCAAGCACGAAGAGUCUUACUACAAGGAGUACGAGACCAGCCACGGAAAGGACUACUACAACUCCAAGUACGACAACUACGGCCACAAGGAGAUCGAGAUCACUGUUGAGGAGUGCUGUGUUGAGUGCACUACUAUCUACGAUGAGUGCUGCCUGAAGGGUGACAUUGAGGUCUGCAAGAAGGAGUACACUGUCUGCCUCGGCUACAACCCCUUCGAUGUUGUUCCUUACGUCAAGCCCACUGUCUGCAAGUACGACUCUGGUUACAAGUCCAAGGGUGACUACUCCAAGAACAACAGCGGCCACAAGGAGAUCGAGAUCACUGUUGAGGAGUGCUGUGUUGAGUGCACUACUAUCUACGAUGAGUGCUGCCUGAAGGGUGACAUUGAGGUCUGCAAGAAGGAGUACACUGUCUGCCUCGGCUACAACCCCUUCGAUGUUGUUCCUUACGUCAAGCCCACUGUCUGCAAGUACGACUCUGGUUACAAGUCCAAGGGUGACUACUCCAAGAACAACAGCGGCCACAAGGAGAUCGAGAUCACUGUUGAGGAGUGCUGUGUUGAGUGCACUACUAUCUACGAUGAGUGCUGCCUGAAGGGUGACAUUGAGGUCUGCAAGAAGGAGUACACUGUCUGCCUCGGCUACAACCCCUUCGAUGUUGUUCCUUACGUCAAGCCCACUGUCUGCAAGUACGAGAACUCUGGCUCCAAGUCUAAGGGUGAUACUGGCUACCACGGUUCCAAGUCUGGCUCUGAGGAGGAGUGCUGUGUUCAGUGCACCACUGUUUACGAUGAGUGCUGCUCCAUUGAUGGCCACGACAUUGAGACCUGCAAGAGCGAGUACACCGUCUGCCUUGGUUACAGCCCCUUCGAUGUUACCCCUUACGUUAAGCCUACUGUUUGCAAGCACGGAGACAACUCUGGCUCCAAGUCUAAGGGCGACACUGGCUACAACGGCAAGGGUAACGACUCUGGCUACAACUCCAAGACCGGCGGUGACAAGUCCAAGGGCGACACUGGCUACCACGGUUCCAAGUCUGGCUCUGAGGAGGAGUGCUGUGUUCAGUGCACCACUGUCUACAAUGCCUGCUGCGAUGCUUCUGGUGCCAUUAUCGAGACCUGCAAGGAGGCUUACACCGUCUGCCUCGGUUACAACCCAUGGGACGUCGUUCCCUUCGUCGAGCCUACUGUGUGCAAGCACGGAAAGCCUUCCGGCGAUGAUGUUGUCAUUGUCUCUGGCGGUGACCGUGUCCGCCCCGUUCUGGCUCUCAUUGCCGUCGGAGCCUUUGCUCUCCUCUGUUAG